ACUAGGAAAACAAUGGCACCGAACGAUUACUGCCGUUUGUGCAAGACAAAUAUGAGAGAAGCUGGACCCUCCGUAUUUGGACAUUCAACAGACAUGUUUUUGACCAAAAAAACAACGAGCAUAUCCGAGAGGUUAGCGCUGUUAGGUGUGAUUGUAGUCCCGGAGUUGGGGCAAUCCAAUAGGUGUUGUCAGCAUUGCUCCUCGGUUAUUAGCAGGCUUGAAAAAGACUUGCCAAUAUUCAGGCAAUGGGAGCAGGACUUCCGAGACAGCAGCGCAUCUGAAAGGCAACGCGAGCCCACGCCGUCAAAGACUCCGAGGGAUCUAAAGAAGACCUGCCCAAAUCCACCGAGUCCAAGUGCAAGGUUUUUCGGAGAAACAGCCCGAGUGUCAGGUGCCAGGUCGUUUGGAGAAACAACCACCCAGGUUACAAUCAAAUAUCCAUCCCAAAUACUGACAAGGGUGUGCGAUCCUGAGGAAGAUCCUAUAGUUAAAUUCAUUGUGCUGAGGAGAUGGAAAGAGGCCGCCAGUCACAUAAUGAAACAUCCACACCUGCAAGACGAAGUCAAACAUGGAGUCAUCAAGUUAAUACGCAAAGAAUGUGAUUUGCUGUGCUCUCCCAAGAAUGACUUCUUGCUGUGGAAGUGUACACCGGCCGACCUCAAGUCAUUCUCCUUCUACCGUCUAAGAGAUGACCUCCAUCGGCUUGCCCCCUUUCUACUUUCAAUUUUCAAUUGCAUCAGCAACGACAACAACUUUGCAGGCUGCACAGCCGCAGCCAUUGCAAUAAGAGGCAGACAGCCCCGCCUGGCAGCGUUAUCUUUUUGGAUCAACACCAUUCUCCAGUACGGCGGAGCCAAGAAGUCUGUCUUCAGUCGACUCAGCCAGUUGUCCAUCACCACUUCCCACAGCAGAGCAAUUAAGAAACAACAGUUGGCGCUUGACUGUGGGGCAGAGUUCUUACAAUUUCAAGGCACAAAAAGCAAUGAUGAAAGCAGUCCAGACUACACUCCAUCUGUAAAUAUGGGUUACCAUGCUAAGCAGGUCAACAGCAGUCAGCAGUAUGCAAGGCAAGACAAAUUCAUCAACAACCCUCAGCUCAGGGAGUCCCUUGGCUUCACCCAGAAACGAAAGUUCCAGCUGGUGCGUGGUGCUGUGCCUGAAAUACUGAAACCUACUCGGGCUACUGUAGACAGUGAUGUCGCAGGUCAGAGAGGUCGCUCAUCUGCUUGUGUCAAGCUACAGGUGGCAAGGCAAAAGAGAUCUGAAGGAGCAACUGGACGAAAUAUAUUGAAGACUUUUGAAACAGCAGCUACCUUGCAGAGGGACGAUGUGGAGAAACCGUUACAAACUUCAGUGCAUUUCCAUGAUUACUUUCAGCCUCUGGAAGAGGAAACCAACAGCACUGGCAUUGGUGUCGUAUCAGAGACCAAUCAAGAGAUGCAGAUAAAUUUCACUUGUGUAGAGCACACAGAUGUUCGCUGUCCCAGUGAAGCUGAAAAGCAGGAUACAGGAGCGCCGGCAAACCUACGCAGUAAAACAAAUCCAGAUUGGGCACCGACACUCAAAUUAGGACACGAUAAGAUCAAGAGACGAAAACUCAUCUCGCAGUAUCAAGAAGCAACAAGAGAAAUGAAAGACGUGCCACGAAAGCCAGAUUAGAAGCAGCGCAGACUUUAGCGAGUUUGGAUACACAAGGAGAACGACGUGGGUCAACUUUGCCAGAUGCCACAUCUGAGGGGGGCUGACAAAUCCUGAAUUUCUGUCAAGAUAACUGUCCAGAGAUUUAUAAGCACGCAGUGCUUCACCACUGAACAGCGAGGGAAAGUUAAUGAGGUAAUUAUACACAAACUACGUCCGGUAAUCGAUAAGGGUCACUAAUCUGUAGGUCGUUUAUUUUAGACAUGUAUCUAGUUAUCUGUUUAGAAAAAUGAGCCGUGUAGUCCGUUGGUUGAAAUUGAUCCAUUUUGUAUACGAAUGCAGCAAUAUUCAGCUGUGUUGUUGACCGACAAGAUGGCGGCUGUUUACAUUCCAGCCGGGAUUCGGUCACGUGACUGCAAGAGGUCUAUAGGCUGUGGUGUAAAGUUGCAUACGACAUUCACAAUCGAAGAAUAGUUUGGCUCCACAAUGACCAAUUCCAAUUAUGCACUAUUCACUAUUCACAUUAUUUCAAUAUUGUAUGAUGUGAAUAUCUUUAUAAAAGAUAUGUCCAACAACCAAAUAAGAAAGGAAACCAUAUUUUUAAAAAAUAAUACAUAUUUAUUUGCCAAUCUUGAAAGUACUGUUCGACAGAAUGUUCUGUAAAUAGAUUUUUUACUUCAAACUCCAUGACCAGCAAGAAUUUUACAGACUGUGCAACUUAAGGACAACAGGAAAGUGCACUUACUGUAACAAAACAUUGUAAAUAGUUGGCUAACACAGCAAUAGCAGUUGAAUAAAUAGAUGAGUGAAUCUUUAGAUCUUGCAAUUACUGGUAUUUCCCAAGGAUAUUACCAAAGUGCUAACUCUCAGAGCAAAGUGUGGCAAAUAUAAAAACACACAUUGAAAACAUCAAAAGUGAACGGAUUCUUUGACUGUGUGUGAGAGUAAGGGGGGGAGGAUUGAAGAGUGGUAGGCUAUUACAUUGUCUUUGCCUCGUAGAGCUAACUCGAACACUCCACAAAAUUUCACGCGUUGGAUGAGCCGGUUUAAUAUGCGCCUGUUCUUGCUCACCUCAUCGUUGUGGCGGCGAACUGCUAGCCUGUAGCCCUCAUCCAGUUGUGUAGCGAUGUUCACUCUCCCAAAAGCCGAAAAUUUCAGGCAGCUGCCCAUGUGAAUCUUUGAUGAAUCAUGAUUUUUUAUUUUCUCCGACAAACGAUGCAUGUCCGAAACUCCAGUGACAGUCCAAGCAGUGUUGUCCGUGGAGCCACCUUCAGGGUGGAAAAGUAAGCAGGAGGAGCAGAAAACCGCUGAGGCGUCCUUGCAGCCAGCUCGCCAGGAUUUGCACUGGGACCAUGUUGAAGUAAAACCUCGAGUAUAUGAUUCCCCCCCUUUGUCGAAAUUUGUUUUAUGUUUAGAUUUGGUUGAGGGGGUCCAGCUUGUUUUGUUGCCAGUUUAGCUCGAUUUGAUCGCUGACUAAAUGGAACUUCUUUUAAGGACCGCACUGAAUUGCUUUCCGCAUCAAUCUCACCUCAGAAACUGAGCGGAUCGAACGCAACUUUGCCGUGCUUCGCAGUGGCGUAAGCACGUUAGGGCAAGCCCCCCGGAAGCCAUAGAGAUUGCAUUGAAGUGUCUGUUAGGAGAAAAAAAAAUACAUUAACAUGGGACUCUAUCAGUGAACUCUUGGGCGAUUCUCAACGUGACUGAAAUCGCCCCAAAAGGGGCGGUACUCUAGAAGCAAGACCACCCUGAUUGGACAGUGAUACUCAGAGACAGAUUAAAAUGGCCUAGAGCAGCACUGGUGAAAGUUUGUUUAAAAAAAAAAUUAUUUUUUUUCGUUUUGGCAGUGCGUCGCCCAAUCGCCCUUAUGCACCACCCGCCCUUGUUCGAGAAUGGUUAUAUCUUGUUCAGCAUUUGGUUGUACCAAUAGACAGGGCCA